AUGAUUGAGGACCUGUCAGUAGAUCUUGACUUCUCGAAUGAAGAGGAUGAUGAGGAAUAUAUACAGCUGCAGGAGAUACAUCGGGACGAGUCCACCUGUCCACUUCUGCAGCAUGGCACACGCAGGCAAAGCUGGGCAUCCAUUACUAGUCGUGACUCGCUGUUCUCCGGGAGUAGGUGGAGACUCCGACCUAUCCCCAAUCCCAGCAUCUCGGACACGAUCUCUGACCCACGCACGCCGUUGCACAGCCCAAACUUCCGCACAGGAAGCUGGAAUGAUUCGUUUUUUCCAGAAGGAAACUCUCACCAGGAUGACAAUCUAUCCAUUGUCAGCACAUCGAACAGCCUAUCAAAUGUCAGCAGUAACCUGAGUGAAAGGUUUCGUGAGCUGUAUCGCGCGUUCUCUAGCCGUACUCAGCGCUUCAAGGAGAAGACAACCCAACCGCCCACUCCCUCUUCCACUUCCAGCUAUGACACUAAAUCAGCCAUUUCUGCAAUGGAUGAUGAUGAUGAUGGACCCCAGCAGAGACGUCGCCUGGACUCGCUGAUUCCCUCGGCCUCGCACAGCGAUGACAUGUCCGGCUCCGAGAAAAAUGCUGACCUUUGGGUGGAGGUCGGUGGCUGUAAGAUGAGACUGCCCUCCUGUUGCCGUAGGUUACGAUUCCCAACCACGCUGGACCCUCAAGAAACAUUGUACGUGUUGUGGUUGUCGAUUGUCACUCUGGCAUUUUUAUACAAUGUCUGGUGCAUCCCGUUACGUGGCGUCUUUCCCUACCAGACCGAUGACAACGUCUACCAUUGGCUGACAGUCGACUACAUCUGUGACUUCAUCUACCUGAUUGAUAUCCUCAUCUUCAAAGUUAGAAUCCGCUUUACCAACAAUGGAAUCCUGGAGACUGACAGAAAAUUAACACGAAAACAUUACAUGGGCAAGUUCAUGUUCAGGAUGGAUGUAUUGAGCUUGUUGCCAUUGGACUUCUUCUACUUCUGGGUGGGCUUUAACCCCUGGCUGCGGCUUCCUCGCUUUUUGAAACUUCAGACCUUUUUGGAAUUUUUCGACCGAUGUGAUCAGAAAGCCAAGUCUGGGCAUGUCAUCAGAGUGGUAAAAACAAUGACAUACAUGCUCUACCUGAUUCACAUAGAAACUUGUGGCUAUUAUGCUGUGUCCAAGUAUCAGGGCAUCGCCUCCAACCGCUGGGUAUACAACGGAGAGGGAAUUGCGUACAUCCGCUGUUUUUACCUGGCUACGAAGACGGCCACCUCUAUUGGGAACAACCCUAAACCCACUAAUAUUCUGGAAUACGGCUUCAUGACACUCUACUGGCUCUCGGGUGUCUUUGUCUUUGCUCUGUUGAUUGGUCAGAUCCGCGACAUAUUUGAAGCUGCAGGCCAUAUCAAGUCUAACUUCCGUAAAAAGAUGGACAUCACCAUGUGGUACAUGAAAUCGAUUAAUCUGCCCGAGUCUAUCCAGGACCGUGUCCGGCUCUGGUUUAACUAUAACUGGGAACAGCAAAAAACACUGGAUGAGAAAUCCCUUCUGGAAUCUUUACCAUUAAAGCUACAGACGGAUCUGGCCAUCAACGUUCAUUAUGCAACUUUGAGCAAAGUCCAGCUUUUUCAGGACUGUGACAAGAAUCUGCUCUAUGAUCUUGUACUGAAGCUAAAACCAGUCUUGUGUUUACCUGGAGAUUACAUCUGUAAAAAGGGGGAGGUUGGAAAGGAAAUGUACAUUGUAAGUAAAGGUCAAGUUGAAGUGGUUGCUGGCAAGUAUGGGGAAAUUGUCCUGGCCACACUGUAUGAGGGUUCAGUGUUUGGGGAAAUAAGCUUACUGGCGUUGUCAGGAGGGAACCGGCGAACAGCGGACGUGCGGUGUAAAGGCUUCACCAACCUGUUCAUCCUGAACAAGGUGGACUUUGAGGGUGCCAUGAGGGACUACCCUGAUGCCCAGAAGCUGCUCAAGAAAAGAGCCAAAAAACUUCUCAGUGAAAAUGCAGCCAAAAUGGAGCAGAAGGACACGAAAAUGGAGGCAGAGGAGAUUAUCCAUAGUCCUAAGGGAACCCCCAAGAUGGUGAAGACUGUGAUACAGGUUAUGAAUCCUGAAUCCAGUGUAAUCCAGCAGAUUGGCUCAUACAAGUCAGUGUCUUCCAACAUGGAUACAGUGGUGGAUGACAAGGGGGAGAAAGAGAGAGAGAAUAGACGACGUAGGGAGAGGAGGAGUGCUUCUGAGGAUAUGGGAUCACAGUUCUCCCUGUCCGAUAUUCCCGAUGACAAUGGUGGUGAUAGUCUGGAUGAAGAAGAGGACGAAAUUCUUGUCGUGGAGAAAUAUGAAAGGGAGCUUAAGGAGAGCGAGGUCGUUGAUAGCGGCAACCAAGGCUCUGUGGCAACAGGAAGGAACUCAGCAGUGGAUGAUCCAAUUGUUCGCAAGAAAGUGAACCUUGAAGACAUGUGUGAUUCAAAAGGCAGUGUAGAUUCAGGUGUCCAGAGUUCAAAGACAGGAAGUGCCAGUCAGAGUACAAAGUCCAUGAGCAACAAAAACAGCAAAGAGUCCCUAAACUCUGAGAUUGUGGAGAUCAGUCAAGAUGAGAAAAUAACUGACGAGAAAAACUCACCUCCAGUGGACAUUCCUCAGAAGAAGUCCAGCAACAUUAUUAUCCCCCACAGAGAAGAUUCCAUCAGAGAGUCCAGUGGUAAAAGUAUACGCAGCUCCCGAAGCGUGCGGAGUGCAGGGUCCGUGCAAGACCUGGGUCACAGUAGGGCAAAGCUGAUUGCUAAUGGUGGCACGAAGCGCUUCCAUCGGGGAAUGUACGCCCCGUCCUCGCCAGAACUGCACAACAUUCCUCCCGAGAACCAGGUUACAUGUGCUGUGGAGAUUCAUCGGGAGAAGAGUGUUACGCCCCUCUCUAUGUUCGGGGAUGACAUGGUUAUUGGCCGUAUUGGCAGUAUGGCCUCCAUCAACUCCAAGACAACGGAUGAAACGCCAUGUUGAGUGCACUCAUCAGCAUCCACAGUAUAUAGACUCUAACUCUGAGGCUACGUGUACCAAUUUGAACGUUUGUGAUGAGAAUCACUACAGCAUAAAACACAAAUAUUGAAGAAUUAAGUCAUUUUAUUUUUAGUAUUUCAACAUAUUUUAUGCUGCCAUCAGAAGUAAUAAGAACGUUGCAUGUGUUGCUAAUUCGUAGUGGAACUACUUAAUCACCAGAGCAAUGAUAUGAAGUCCACGACAACCAGUGAUAUGAUGUGUUAAGGGAUUACAAAUUGUCACCAGCGAGUGCAUGUCCGUAAGGUGGGAGCUUCGUGGUAUUUCUUCCAGUUACAUGAUGAAUAUUCCCUUCCAGUAUAGAUCAGUAUUUAUGCCAGUAGAAAUUUGCAGUGCAAUGUUGCAGGGUGAGAUGGACUAUAAAUUGGCACUUUUUCAGUUUUAGGUGUGCAUCACUUUUGUAACAUGCUAAUGUGUGUCUGCAUUUGUAAAUAAUCUAUUACACAAUUGCUGUAUAGGGUUGUAAAUCGAAUGGAGAUUAAAUUGAAUGCAUAUGGAGGCAUAUCACAAUUUUUUUAUUGUUCAAGGGCAAAGUGCAAUGUUUUAUGAUGAGAUAUGUUUUACAAACACAGGUGAAUUUGAAAUCUUUAACUGAAGGCAUAUUUAUUUUGCUGAAUGUUGACGUCUUCAUUUUGUCUGGCUAUGCUAUUUUGUGUUCCUUUUGAAAUGAUCAUGCUUGCAGGAAAUCAAACAAUAUCAAUAUUUUGAUGGGAAAAUAAGCCACCAAAAAUAGCUUCUUUCUUUACAAAUCUCUCAAUUUAACAAUUCGUUUAUUUCCAUUUUUAUUCCAAAGAAAAGAUUUUCGCAGAAUCUGGAAAAUGUAGUUACACGUAUGAUGGCUGCAUUGCUUGAUACAUUAACUGUGAUUUAUCUUCUAUGAUCUCAGCAUUAAUUAUUUGAGAGAUACAUAUAUCUUGACAUGCAUUUUUUUGCAGGCGAUGUGUGUAAAACCUGUUUUAUACAUGGGCAUGUAAAUAUGGGCCAAAAAAUUGCUGCAUGGGCAACAGACUUGCUCAAAGAAUACAAGUUCAUCCUGGCUUACUUUAUACUGUUCUACCAUUGUCUGCAAUCUAAAAAUUAAUCUGUUAAGUUUUACUUAAUAUUAUGUUAAUUGAUGUCUUCUAGGUGAUGCUAGAAUACAUUAAUUUAUUACAUACAUGUGAUAUCAUGUUGUGAGCAACACAGUACUCUAUUUUGAAAGAUUUUGUUAGGAUGACAUUUACAGGUGUUACAUUGUAGUGUUUGGCAGUGGCAGAUAAUAUAUUCUGCCAUCGCCCUGAAAGCGUAAUAGUCAGUCAAUUAGCAAAUUAGUUUUUUUUUGUGUGUUACUAGUCAUGAUUAGACGGGCAUAAUUAACCCUAUUGGCAUUGUGCGGGCGAGCCUUUGAUUACAGGUGCUGGGUUUAUAGAGAGUCUGUAAGAUAGCGUUAUAGAUAUGGUUGGGCCUGUUCAGUUGUCUUAGUGUGUUGUCCGCUCCCUGUUUUGGCAAAUGGAAUGUCAGUAUUUUGCUCCAUCUUAUCUAUGCCAUUUUGGAGUGUGCUGCAAUUAGAUAUUCCCAGACCCUCUCGGUUUAUGAAAUAGAUAUAAUACACCUGUAUAAAGCCAGAUAAGCAUCAGACAUGUUCUGAAAUGCUUUGUAGUGGAACAUUUUAAGUAUACAGUUAUCUGUGUUUGUUAGCAGAUGGUGUAUCCAAUGAGUAUGUAAAAAGCUGAAUAUUGACAAAAGCAAAUUUGCAUGUCCUUGGAAACAUCAUUUAUCAUAUUGUUAAUUCUAUAAACUAGUUACUUAUUUAGUUUGGAUGCAUGAAAUUCAAUCUGAAUUCAAUGACAUUAUAUGUCUGCCAGUGUGAUAAAACCACAUUACAUGUAUAUCUUGCUAACUUAUGGAUUAAAUUAAGUUGCAUAUGUAUAAUAUAUCGAGUGAUGAUGAGAAACAUGUUUAAGUGCAUGAAAUGUUACAUUUCAUAUGGUUAAAAUUGUUGAAUAAA